AUGCUGAAGAUGAUGAAUCGUUCGAAAAAAACCAACCAAGGAAGCCAACGGGGCGCCAGGGACACGGCACAUGGCGGCAAGGACGCCAAGGUGGGGAGGCAAGGGUUGAGCCCCGGUACUAAUACCGUGGGCCCGGUAAAGCCAUCUUUGGCGUCAAUGGCACCCCAACCUCAGGUUGGCGGUCCAGGUCAACCCACGGCACUAGCCGGUGGUGGCGCUGGGGUUGGCGGUCGUUCGAAAAAAGCGAAACAGCAAUCCGAUGGCAGCAAAGGAGGCGGUAGUAAGGCUACCGGUGGCAGUCGAAGUAGGCGCCCUGCAGUGACCUGCGCUGGGAAGGAAACGCACGCGACGAAGGCCAACGGCGCAACGAUGGCAGAGGGAGGGCGAGUUGGCUUUGACAUCCCCGGCGGAAAUGGUGGAGAUGGUGGUGGUGUUGGUGUUGGAGGUCUCGGUUCGCUCGGGCAACCGGCCGGACCGAAAAUGGAACGAUCGAACAGCUUCUUUCUGGCGCGCAAGCUUUCGAGUCUGUACAGCAAGUUUAGUGGCAGCCGCGAAAAUGUGUCCUCCGCCAACGCCGUCUCGCCGAACACCGAUGGGAAAGAUACGGUGGACCGAACGCAACCAUUUCAGUUCGUGCGCAGUCGAAGCAUGUCCUCGAUACAGUUGAAACGGGCCUACCGGCGCAGUCAGAACGAGUCCACGCUGCAGAAUCUUCAGGAGGACGCCAUCUUGGAACGGUCGGAAAGCAGCGAGGAAACGGCCGGAACAGCAGCGGGCACGGUGCGUUCAGAAGCGAUCGAGAAUGUGCCUGUGCCGGAAGCGACUGCCCCAGUCACACCAGACACCCCACCUCCGAUGCCACGAUUCGAACGAUCGAACAGCAUCCUAGCGUCGAUCAGGCGCAAAAUUAGUUUCCGCUCGGAUAGACGCUCCUCGACUGUGUCCAGCUGGAGCACUUCGCUCCAGAACCUGCGCCAGGAGGAUUUUAUGAUCAGCUACGAUGAUCUAAGCUUCAUCGACUACGACCAGUUCAAUAGCUAUGAGACGAACCUGCUAAAGCGACAACCGGCCGCAGUGGCUUCGGAAACGUACCACCCGCAUCAUACCCCACCUUCGUUGAACGUACAGGAUGGACAAACGGAAUCGCUGAGUCAGAGUAACGACAACACCCCGGCAGUGGAAGCCACCAAUACCGGUGUCAUCCGGAGGAGGCGGAAGAACGAUAAUCUGCUGCGUACCACACUCAUCCGCAAGAGCAUGGACGUUGAGAGUAAUCUCGAUCGGGACAAGAACGUGUACCGCAACAGCCUGGACGCCGAGAAGCUGCUGUGCAUUAGCAAAGUGAACCGCAAGUCCUUCCGCUGGAGUGCGGACGUGGAACGCGACGUGGUGGCGCUCGAUCUGGACAGUGUGGACUUUGCCGCCGGUAAACCUCUGACCGAGUUAGCUGCAAGUCGACAGACAACUCCACCGCCAUAUGACGUGUGUGACAGUGGAAUGAUCGAUGGUAGUGAAAGUGUCAAACUGGGGACGAUUGAUGACGGCACCGAGCAGCCGACACUUACGGCGAGCAGCGUUGGCUACGUAAGUCGCAGCGAGAGCAUGAAGCGAUCCCGAUCGUACGGCGGGGAAGGCGGGGUGGCGUUCGAGGAAGGCUUCGGACACCCGCCGAAAAAACUUCAGAUGAAAUCUUUGAGCCUUACGCACCUGGAUGAGAUCGAGCGCCAGGCAACGACACCGACGAUUAUAAACAAUGAUCCACACAUACGCAAGGGUGAUAAUUCGGACACGUCCAACACGUCGAUUGCAUCCGCCAGUGGGUCAAUGGGGUACGGUGCCACAAUGUCCGGCGGAUCGUCAACCCAUGCCGUCUCGCCCAAGGACGUCUGCGUAACGGUCACUUCGGGCAGUACGCUGAUCGGCAUCAGCAACAGUGGCGGCGGUUGCAUCAAUCCGGCGUACGAUAAUGGUGAUGUUGGUCAUCGGCAUGAGCCGGUUGAUACGCCAGAGUGUCUGCAUCGGCCGGGUGGUAGUCCGGUGGGCGACGCCGCCAGCGGGAUCACCGCAGAGAAGGAUGCCACGGACAAGGCUUACGAACACGCUGACAAACCGCUUGCUUCACCGUCCUCCACGAAGGCGGCUACGCUUUGCAAAUCCGUGCUGGGAGGAACAGGAUCGUCAACUUCUUCUCUAAAGAAGAAAUCAUCUUCCUUCUUGCACCGAGAACGCAAGAAACCGAUUCUUACACGCAGCCAAGUUUCCAGCUCCGAGUAUUUUUCUGUUUGUUUUGAAAGUGAUAAUAAUGAUGCGGGUGUCCUGAUUCCGGCCACGAAAGGAGUCAGACUUGCCGAAUGUUUACGUACCUCAUUGUCACGAAGAAGUUUGAGUUUUUCGCAAAUCUACGUUACCGACAAUGGGUUCAACAAUCCGCACGAGACCGGUAUGCGGUACUCGGAACCCCUGGAUGCCAACAUGGACAUCUCUGCCCUGGCCGGCCGCACGCUCAUUGUGUCGGAACGCGACGCCGGUGCUCCGAGCCGUCCUCGAACUGGCGCGCACGUCACCCUGCAGAAGGCGGCUUCGGUCGGCAACCAGCCGUCGGUAAUGUCGUCCACCAGCAGACUGUUCACCUCCACCUCGACGGACGACAACUACGACCAGAGCCCCAAGGCAACGUCGUCCGCUUCCGGUAAGCAGUCGAAGCAAAAAUGGACAAUACCAUUUGGAUCAAAGGGACCACAAAAGUCGAAGCUCUGCGAACUGUUGGACAGCUACAAUAAGGAAAUCCCGAAAUCGACGUCUUCCUCUAGCAACUUCAAUAAUCCCGAGUACAUAGACGCUUUAGUUGGCCUUAGAAACUUACCUCAGUGUUGGACGGAGAUCGUCAACUGCGUCGGAAUGAAUGAGGCGGAAACGAAAAUUCAAUCCGCCAUCUGGGAGCUGGUGACUACCGAAGUUUACUACAUUCUCGCGCUACAAACAGUAACAGAUCUUUUUUUAGCCUGCUUAGAGGAUAUUCAGUCUCAAAACAUUCUCACAGACGUGGACCAGAACAAGCUUUUCUCCAAUAUUCGUGAUAUCUGGGAGGCAAACCUUCGCUUCUGGACGCUUUACCUGCACCCGAUGGUUAGGCACAGCCAACAAACGAAGGAACCGAUGAGCAUCUACUACUUCCAGCCAGGCUUCGUCGAUUUUGCCACCAUCUUCACACCCUACACAAAGUACUGUGCCGAGCAGAGCACCUGUCAGUUUUACUGCAAGGAAAUGUAUCAUAACAACGCCCUGUUCAUGACCUACUGUGCCUGGUGCGAAUCGCAGAAGAUGUGCAAUCGGCUUCGACUGGCCGACAUUCUGGUGCGUCCGAUGCAGCGACUGACCAAGUACGGACUGCUGCUAGCCGCCAUUAAGAAACAUAUCACCGACGAAGCAGAAGGAGAAGCUAUUGAUGCCAUGAUUCAUUCGGUAGAGGAGUUUGUUGCAGGGGUCAACUCUCAUCUAACAACGCGACAGGAGAGCGAGCGAUUGAAGGGUAUUAAUGCUAGAAUCGACAGCUAUGACGUGGUCGACUCCAACAACGAAGCUUUGGACCGGAUGGUCAAGCAGCAUAGCGCCAUGUUCGACCUCUGCCAACCAAUGCGCGGGAUAGAUCACGGCCGCAAGGUGUUCGUCGAGGGUGACCUGAAAUACAAGGACAGCACAGGGAAAAUGGACGUCCACUGCUUUCUUUUCACGGACUUCUUAUUGGUUUGCAAAAAGAAUAAGAGCGAUAAAUUAAAGAUCAUUCGACAGCCAUACAUGACGGACCGUUUGAUGGUGCAGCUAAAGGAUCAAACACUUUAUUGUUGCUAUCUGAAUGAACUCAACAUGGUCGUAGCGGCAUUCAGCCUUCAAAGCCCUAAAGCCCAACACUGGUACGACUCGAUAACAAAGGUGAAACAUAUCUACAAUCGCAUGAAGCUGGGGGCGUUUGGUGACGUACGACAGUACGGCAACAUCAUCAACAUCAGCAACAGUUGCAACAACUCAACCAGCAAUAGCAAUAUGAAUAUCAAUAAUGAUAACCCUAGCAUAAAAAAAUCACCGCUGAACAGUUCCAUUGGCAGUCGGGUGAGCAGUUUGAACAACAGCCAUAGUGGAUCCGUCGAUCUGAAUGAAUCGAAGCAGGUGUCAAUCGAUUUCGAAAAAACCAACUCACUAUCUAGUGACGAGGGGGCAGGGGUGCCUGUGGGAAGCAUCGUUAGUGGACCGGGGAUGAUGCACACCAAGUACGGAGUGCCACUUGUGCCAGUAGCAGGUCGGAAGGCAAAGAACACCGUUAGCACCGUGCAAACAAAAUCCUCCAAUUCACUCACUGUGCAACCAUACAGUGGGCUCGGGCAAAGCAUGCCCAAUUUGAACCUGAAUUCAAUUCAAAAUAGCAACACAUUAUCAGUACCGGGAACAACUAGUCCACUUUCGCAUUCCGGAAUGGUGCUGUUAUCUCCUAGCCAACGGGGUAUCUCAUAUCCUCCGCCAUCGCCAACAAGGGCAACGCUGCGUCGCGGGUUCGCAUUCUCUACGUCAAUCAAAAACCCACCGUUGAUCAAGACUCGCAACGUUCCCUCGCAGCAAAGCUUCACCCUUUCGCAGCAGCAAAGCUUCAACACAGCAUCUUUCGCCCAACACCAGCCAGGGUGCACUACCAUCGCUAGUUCUAGCAACACCAGCAAUCUUACUAACAGUGUUGCAGUUCACCAGACUGUGGAAGGAAAUUCCGGGUGUCCUCCGUUGCCAUCGACUAACCUAUCGUUUUUCAAGCGUAAAAACAGUUUCCAACGAGCACCGAACAGCAGCACCACGACAAGCACGGAAUGAAGUUGUCAGAGUGUAUCCUCCAAUCGGGACGCAGCCACGAAACAUUGUGCCAUCAGCAGAUGCGCAGAGCUUGUACGAGCAUGAUUACAAACGAGCGGUUAUAUGA